GUCGGGAUUGGACGUGUUUUUUGAUCGGUGUUAGCGUAUGCGAGGAUAGCCCAUUACCGUUGCUACAUCCGCUGCAGAACCAGCGGCAGCAAACGCAUUUUCACCACCAAUACCAAUAACCCCCAGGAAAAGGGGGAAAAAAAACUCCCCAAAAGUUCGGUGUGCAAAGUAUCUUCGCGCUGCAGGUACGUAGCCCACUCGCAUUUUCCGGCCACGAAGGGCCAGCUUUCUUGACGGCAAAAGCUGGCUACGUUCGUGCAGGGGCACGAAAGACGACCGAUGUGAAGGGUGGCUGGCAGGAGAUUGAACGGAGUGGGAGCUCGCGCAAAAGGGAAUGACGGUGGUAACAUUCCCUUAAACCGUACCUUAUGUUUAAUGUGUUCCAGCGUCGAAGGCAUCGAAGUGAAUUUCAUUAGACAGGCCCGUUUUUCGACAGCCGUAAUUUGAGUGAAGUGUCGGAGCGUGUGUGCGUGUGUGUGCGGGUGGAAGUCGAUGGGUCGCGAGGGUGUGUUAUGGCGUUCGGUGUUGUUGUGGUGCAAAGCAAAACGGUUUGAUGCAGUGGGCAUCAAGUCGAGCAACGCGAGCCAUUGAGAACAGAGCGUGCUGAAUGGGAGGCGAAUGUUAGUGAAUGAAUAUUUCGCGGAAAGUUUAGCACUGCCUUCCUUAGCAGAAGCAAAUGAAGGCUUGCCUACAACAAGGCCUUGUCACGCGUCGUUCUUAGUACGGAGUCUAUCAGAUGUGAGAUGUGCGUGAGUAGGAUGCUUAUACUGGUGAGGUUCAAAAAUAGCUUCAGAGAAUCUUGCUGAAAUUUCAAGGACCUUGCCAGAGGAGACAUCAGAACAUAUGGUAAACAUAGUUUCGUAAACGGAGUCAUUUUGGCAGCUGUCAUUUUGAAGGAUUAAAACCGUGUGUCCUCUCGCUCUCCCCCUCGUUCGCGAUGAUUAACUUUCUUCCGGUCUAGUUCUAAACACAGCAUUCAACGAGUAUCGGUAAAGUUCCGGAAGAGAAUCGGAUACGGAUCUCCUCCCAGCAUAGUCCGCGGUGUUAGUUUGUAGCGUAACAUUCACAAUGACCGUACGCGACCGUACAUCUGUGGCAGCGUGCAUUUAGUUCGGUAUUUAAUUUUCCCCAAAAAGCCUUCGAAACCAUAUCGAAUUGUGUGUAUCGUGCACGCAGUGGAGAAGCGGCCAAUCCGGGGCGUAAACGAGUGAGCAUUCCCACUAAGUGUGCAUUUGUGUGUGUGUGUGUGUGUGUGGAUGUAUGCAGUGUGUCGAGGUAGUAAAGAGUCGACAUUUUAGAGGUCGACGUUAAGCCAAAAAAGAGCCGCGUUAGGGCCAAAAAAGUGAAAGAAGGAAGUAGCGGCUGAGUGUUUGUGCUGCUGAAGUGUGUGUGUGUGAGUGUGUGUGGUGGUCACCGUGGAGUGGCCGUGCACGGGUUGGAAAUCCGAGAAACAUUACCACAAUGUUACCAACAUCAUCAUACUCAUCCUUGGCAGCAGCAUCAGCGUCGGUGGUAUCAGGACGAGCGCCGAGCACGCUGGGUACACCGACUCACCGGCCGAGAAUGCUGCUGGUCAUGGUGCCGACCGUGGUGCUGCUGCUGCUCGGGCUACUGUUCCUUCCGGGCGUAGUGCAGGGAGAUUAUGAAAAUACAUGGAACUCGUACUACGAGCAACCGUGCUGCGGUGGCACCACCAACGGGCCCUUCCAUCUGCGCCAUCACGGAGAUCACGUACGGGAGUUCCAGUGCGGCAAAUUCUACUACCGAACGUUCUACAUGGACGAGGACCGGGACACGCUGUACGUCGGUGCCAUGAACCGGGUGUACAAGCUUAACUUAAAAAACAUCAGCAUGACAUCGUGUGAG